AUGUUGAAUGUUCAAAGGGGUUUACACACAACAGUUCGCUUGAGUGCAAGAACUAAGUAUACUAAACCUAAGCCAAAACCUCAGGCUAGAGUUAUCAAGUCCGAACCAUCUCAGGUUACUCAUCAUGAUAAUAAUUUGAAGAUUAGAGCUCCUAUUCCUCCAUCUGCUAAAAAUAUAGUCUGUCCUGAAGAUCAUCCUUUAUGGCAAUUCUUUGCUGACAAGAAGUUUCUCAGAGAUCGUGCUGAUUUAGAUAACCACUCCAGACCAUGGACAAUUCCGGAAUUGAGAAGGAAAUCGUUCGAAGACCUACAUUCGUUGUGGUAUACAUCUUUGAAAGAACGUAAUAUUUUAGCAAGGGAGAACCAUCUUUUGAAGACUGCUGUCGAAAGUAGUGAUGAUUCUUUUGAAAAAGUGGCCGAUAAAGUAAGAACUACUAUGUGGAGAAUUAGACAUGUAUUGAGUGAACGUGAUUGGUCUUAUAGAAUUGCCAACGAAGCCUUUGUUGAAGAAGUGGAUUCAUUUGUACAAGAAUUUGAAAAAGACUUCUUGCUCUUAUCCCAAGAUGAAGAUGAAGAAGCGUUCGAACAAUUGUCAAGAUUCCAAAAAUCAAUCUUUGGUAUAAGUGAAUUUAUUGAUGAGAAUGUGGUUAACAAAAGAUUCAUUGAUGGUAUGAAACUGAUAGCAAACUUAAAGGUAAAGAAAUUUUCAGAAAGAAACAAUGAUAUCAAAACAUUCCUUGACCAAACUCCAAACAAUAAGAUCACUGAUGCAGGUGAAGCAUUUUUAGUAUUUACAUGCGAAAAUACUGAAAAGGACGUUAAAGAAGCUUGUGAAGCUGUGCUAGAGUUGAGGAAUAAUGGUAAUGCUGUAUCUAGAUAUGAUGAAUUGGAUACUGUUGCUGAAUAUGUAAAUAGACUAGCUCAAGCUCAAUCCCAAGCAACUCAACCAGUGUCCGAACAAUCUUCAUAG